GCUUUGAUCCUUUCGAGCUCACGGAAAUGACCAUCGGGGGGACAGAUGGACCAGUGUACUUCCAGCAAAAAUUCACAAAGUGCAAGUUCUACGGACUGGUGGAUUUAGACAUCGACAAUUUCGAGUUCAAUUUUGAGAAGAAGGUGGUCAGAAUGAGUGGGAUGUUCCCGGAAAUUCAAAUGGUGUGCGACUACGAAGUUAAAGUGAAGAUUUUGGUUUUGAAUAUCCAUGGGAUUGGCAACAGCACGGUUAUUCUGAAAAACCUUAAAAUAACGGAUGUUCUUCCGUUUGAGGAGACGAAGAGGAAGGGCAGAACGUUCCCGAAUUUUAAGUCCAGUUCGGUCACGAUUGAUCCCGAGUUGGUAGUUUUUAAUUUUGAGAAUCAUAAGAAUAAGGCCUUGUCUGAUUCUGUCAAUCCGAUUUUGAAUAACAACUGGAAGGAUAUUUUUGACGAAGUCAAAGGGGAAUAUGCGCAGGUCAUCGAUCGGAUUGUCUUGAAUGUGGUAAACAGUUUUUUCAGUAAAGUGACUUUUGAAGAGGCUUUUGACAGUACUUAACCACCCAGAGGGUGUGGUAGUGAUAAAAUGUGAUAUUUUUGGGAAGAAAUUCUAAAGUCAUGUUCUUA